AUGGGGGCCUCUGCUUCAUUGAACACUUUCCGGGGGAAGCGCUUUGGCUCAGAGGCUUCUUUGAAGCUGCUUGGACCUUUCACGCUUCGUUUUCCUCCGACCAUGGAAGCCUUGGCGGACGCUUUUUCAUGGUUGACAUCUUCCUGGCUUUGCGACAUGCACCGGCCAGAAGGCUACGCUCGCGAACCUGAGUUUGUCAUCCAGAGCGUGUCGAUGCCAUCGGAGGUGAUGACACAGCUGUCUCCAUUCCUCUCGGUGCAAAGCCUGGCGCCACUGCGAGCCACCUGUCGCCAGCCGGCGAGUACUGGCGAGGAGGCCUUCCAGCAGCUGCUGAAGCUGCCGGCGAAGAGGCGCCAUCAGAUCCACAGGGUGGAGAACAUCCGAUCCGCUGAGCAGUGGGCAAAGCUCACGAAGGGGAAGGAAGAUUGCAAAUGGCAUAUUGCCAGCAAGCGCCGCUUCAUGUGCGAUAUUUCCGGCGAGUGGGUGCUCUACACCCCGACGGGGUCAAUGUUCGACGGCCUGAAGGAGUACCUGCUCUUCACCCAGUUCCUACCUGCAGAGCCCCUGCCCUCGAAGACCGAGGACAUCCUGUUCGGCAAAUCUUCCAAGUGA